AUGCCUGAGACCCUCCACAAAAGUGAAAGCAAUGAUGGUACGGGUGACCAGAUCGGUCCUGGAAUCCUGACUGUUAAGCUCGGCUGGGCUUAUGGCCUGAGCCUCCCAGUUUCAGACGACCCAGAUCCAGACCCGGAAAUGUGCGAGCGAUGGCGCCCGUACGCGAUCGGAGAAUAUGAAGGGCUCCAGCUGUCUACAGAGGCGAUGGCCGUCUACGCCGCCAAGGGAGCGGUUUCAUGGGCGGCAGGGCACCGGCCAUUCAAGUUUGAGGUCUCUGCGUCUCCGGCCUCCGAGUUGACAGUAUCCCUAUUUGUCAGGGAUAGCGACUCUGAUGCGUCGUCGUCGUCGUCGCCGGGGGAAUACGAAAACCAGUGCAUCUCCCUUGGACUGAUCAGAUUGAACCCGUUCCUGAUGAGUUCGGGUAAGCAAAGGGUGGACGUCCAGGAUGGCACGGGGAGAGUGGAGGUCGAGGUUUCCUACACGCAGAAGGAGGUUUCACCCUUGGAGACGCAGGAAGUGUGGAGUGUCCGCGGGGAGAACAGUUCCGGUGAUCUCGAUCUCGUCUAUGUUGAAAAGAAAGACACCGGUCGAAGCUACGGCAUGAAGGCCGUUGAUAUCCGCACCGUGCACGCUGGUGCUGCUCCUGAAUCUGACGCAGAUACAGACGCUGUUAACAUGGCACCCAGCCUUAGCCUCCGCUCUGCCAUCCAACACCCUUUCAUUGCACCGCUGAAAUUCGCUUUCAGGUCGUCUGAAGGGGCGCUGGAUCUACUUUCGCCACUGGCCAGCGGCGGAUACCUUUUUGACCAUUUGCAAAGAGAGCGGCAGUUUAAUGUCCCCAAGGCGAGAUUUUAUGCGGCGGAGCUGGUCUGCAUACUGGAAUACCUGCAUGAAGACAAGCAUAUCAUUCUCCAUUCUCUGGAGCCAGAGAAUAUUCUCCUGGAUUCCUCUGGCCAUGUCAGUCUAUGCAAGCCUGGCCUUUUCGGAUUGGAAUUGGGGGAUGGAGAUCACAUCUUGCCCGGCACACCCAAGUAUCCAGCCCCUGAGGCUCUUCUUGACGACCGAGAGGCUUCCAGGGCAGUGGAUUGGUGGGCUUUGGGGAUCAUUCUCUAUGAAAUGUUGAUGGGCAUACCCCCUUUUUACCACAAGGACGGCGGCGAGCGCCGGCAUAAGAUCCUUGGCCAAGACCUACAGCUACUUGAGAGCCUGCCAUCGAGUGCGAGGGACAUUUUAACAAAACUCCUCGAUAAAGACCCUAUAGAACGCUUAGGUGCAAACGGAGCCGCCGAAGUGAAAGCUCACCCAUUCUUCCACGCUGUGAAGUUUCAUGAAUGCAUCCAGCGGAAAUAUACAACUCCCUGGAAACCCCACGACGCCGCAGUGAUCUUCUGGCGGGAGCCUUGUACAUACCAGCCCUUCAAACGCCCGGAACGGGAGCAACGAGAAUAUGAAGGAGAGGUGUACGAGCAAAUAGGCACCACUGAGUUUCCUUUGUGGAUACCAAUAGGUUCAGUCAAUGACCAAAAUAAACGCCACGCCGCAGACAAGAAUGCUUCAGUCUCACAGAAUCGCGGGGAUGAUGAUAAUGAUGGAUGGGAGUUUACGUGGGAGCCGACAAAGCAAGAGUCUUACUUCAAGAAUCGUUUCACUGACGAAAGGGUUACGGCCAAACCCAAAGCUGCAGUGCGGGACAAGAUGUUGCCCCCAGCAGUUGAGCAUGAAGCACUCGCAGCUGCAUUGGAAGUCGGAUACAGCCAGCAUGUGUUUUCCGAAAUCCUCAGAUACAGUCCAAAUCUGAACGUGCGGAUUCUCGACUAUGACCAAACGCCCGACGGUAUAGGGAUAAGACCAGAGACUCGGGACAUCAUACCGGUUACACCACUAGAAUGGGCCGUAGAGCACGAAAGGCUGGAUCUCGUUAAUCUCUUCCUGGAGAACGGCGCUGACGCGAACUUCACCAUCUCCCCGCGAGACGGACCAGCGCUGCUCAAGGCAGUGAAAAGAAAGUCCCAGAGGCUGGUUGAGCUUCUUGUGCCGAAAACCGACCGCGUCUCCUGCACCAGAGCCCUCGCUCUCGCAGUGGAGCAGCAGGACAUCACGACCGCCAAUACCCUUGUUGCACAGGGCGUGCGCUGUGACUUUGAAGAAUCCGAUCGGCCCCUUCCGCCCCAUCCCUUCUUUGGGGACUACGAAUCUAAUCUCUCGCGAGGACUCGAAGCGGAGGACUUGACGCCUCCUCUCGUCCGGGCUGCUAGACUAGGCAACGUGGCUCUGGUAGCGUUGCUCCUUGAACACGGUGCUGAUGCCAAUACCGCGUACCACGAUCUAGGCGGUCGUCGCGGCGAUGGAUAUGAAACCAGAGAUUCGACCAUCCCAGCCAACUUCUCCUGCGGAAGGGUCGUACAGAUAGCGAUGGAGAUGGGCCAUUGUGAGAUCGUCCAUUUGCUCGUCGAUGCCGGCGCUGAUAUCGCCCUUCCACACCCGGUCUGGCCUAAACCAGUCUGGCCUGUGCCCGGUCACAUCUGUCAGCCCGUACCGAGGGCUGUGUACGUCGAGGUCAGGGCUGGCCUGCUGGCAGCGGUAGCAGCAAGAAGAGGGCAAAAGAUUGCACAUCUGACCAGAAUUAGAUGA